AUGAAUUCUCAGUUUACUACACACACAUUCAAAUUGAAUAACGGCACAGCUAUCCCUGCUAUUGGGCUCGGGACUUGGCAGUCGGAGGAGUAUGCCACACGUGAAGCGGUAAAAUAUGCUCUCCAGAAAGGCUAUCGACAUAUUGAUACGGCUUUGAACUAUGGGAAUGAAAAGGAAGUCGGUGAGGGUAUUCGCGCCUCGGGUGUGCCAAGAGAUCAAAUCUGGGUUACGACUAAGUUGGACAACCAUUGGCAUCAUCGAGUACCGGAGGGGCUUGAGUCUUCACUUGAAAGUCUUGGCCUUGAAUACAUUGACCUUUUUCUGAUACACUUUCCGUGCUCUACGGACCCCCAAGAUAGGUCGAAACAUCUGCCUGACUGGGACUUUGUCAAAACUUGGAAAGAGAUGCAAAAGCUUUUAGGUACGGGGAAGGUCAAGACUAUCGGUGUUUCAAACUUCUCGGUUUCCCACAUAGAGAGACUGCUGGAUGAUCCAUCCUGCGAGGUCAUUCCAGCUGUCAAUCAGAUUGAGCUACACCCCCACAACCCAUCCCCUAAGCUUUUGAAGUAUUGCCAGUCGAAGGGGAUUCACUGCACGGCGUACUCCUGUCUUGGUGGCCAUACCAACUCAACUAUAAACACUCGCACGGAAUUAAUCAAUGAUCCUGUGGUAUUAAGUAUAGCAUAUGCGAAAGAGAGAACACCGGCCCAAAUACUGAUCAUGUGGGGUUUACAACGCGGCACUAGUAUGAUUCCCAAGAGCGUGACACCGGAAAGGAUCGAUACCAAUUUCGAGAUGAACAAUUGGGGCUUAUCAGAAGCGGAUGUCAUUUCUCUUGAUGGAAUUCAAGCUCGGGCGAAGGUAGUUGGUGACGCAUGGAUGCCAAUUCGUGUCUUCUUCGGGGAUGGGAUGUGA